AUGAAGGUCCUCGUCCUCGGCGCUUCAGGCUUCAUUGGCCUUCCGACUGCCCUCGCGUUCUCGCGAGCUGGUCACAUCGUCUACGGUACGACGCGCGAUGCCAAGUCCGCUCGCAAGCUCGAGAUCCACGAGAUCAUUCCCGUCAUCACGCCCCCGACACCGGGCCACGGCGCGGCGCACUGGUCCAAAAUCGCCCAGGACUGCGAUGUCAUCGUCGACACUAUCCGCACGUCUGACGGCGACGCCCCCGAGGGCACACUUCACGCGGCUGAGGCGCUGUCAUCCUCGUCUCCCGGUACGCGCAAGACUUACAUCUACAUCGGCACGCUCGCCGACCUCCAGGCCAAGGGUGCUGGUAUUGAGGGAUGGGUCUCUGAGACCACGGCGCCGACGGGACAGGAGGCUUGGCGCGCCCAGCUCGAGAACCAGGUGCUUAGCAGUAACGCUGUGAACGGCAUCGUCAUCCGCGCCGGUAUUCUGUAUGGCCGCUCGGGCUCGACUCUGGAACCUUACCUCUUCGCUCCGGCGUAUGACGCCUCGAAGAAUGGUGGAGCUUUCGACACCGUUGGCUUCCCCGAAACCCGCGUUCUGAUGGUUCACCAGGACGACCUCGCCGAGCUCGUUGUGCGCGCGGCGGAGCGGGCGCCGGCGCUGAAGGGCGUCGCCCUGGCUGCCGCCAACCCGCAGAGCGAGCGCUGGACAGAUGUGCUUGACGCCGUCAUUCGCGUAUCUGGAGCGAGCGAGUACAGGCUCCGUGCGCCAGGAGAGAUCUCGGCCGAGGCCGCCUGGGCUUCUACGACGCAGCUUCGCCCGACCCUCGCCCACGCCCUGACGGGAUGGACGCCGAGGAAGCUCGGCCUCGUCGACGGCAUGGACGCGUACUGGGCUGCGUUCAAGGCGCACUACGUUGGCAAGAAGAUGAUUCCCGCUUGGGACCUGCCGGGCGUUGUGCCCCCGCGUGCUAGCCCUUAG